AUGUUGACCAACGUCGUCUCCCAAGCGGGUACACGGGCGAGCUCACUCCAGAGCAGCGCGUGUGCCACCAGAGUCCUUCGCCCGACUGCUGUGUCGUCUCUUUUGAAGGCGCGACACCCUCAACAGACCCGUGCAUAUCGCAUGGAUUUGUGGCCAUCCCACUGUGAUCCCGAGGCUCGAAGGGAUACUCGCCGCUCCCAUCGCAAGCUCAAGUACAAAUAUACCGAGUCUUUCAACCGCACGCUUUCGCGGGAUCAAGAUCAUCCUGCUGCCAAAGAACAUCGAUUUUGGCUGCAUUACAUAGACCACAACUACUGGGCAGUCGCUAAAAGAGAAAACAACAGCAAGGCCGGUGGCUAUGACACAGGGAAGCACCCCAGUGGAGAUACUGCUGCGGGUAAGGAUACAAGCGACCAAAGCUCCUGGCGGUCACAGUUGAACAAUGUGGUCAACGAAUUGUCCAAGCAAGCAUCUCCAGGAGCAAAGAGAACGGUAUCCCCGGCGGCAUCAUCAACGUUACGAGCAAAUGCAACAGCCAACUCCGCGUCGAUCGAGGAGGAGUACGUUAUCGAUCCUAUCACUAACCGUAAAGUUCUGAGGAAGAGCUACGGCUCUGUUGGUGACGAGACUAAGGCCCCUGCUACGACAUGCAAGUCAAACAGAUCGAUAAAUUCGAAUCUUGCCCCUCCUCAGGAUGGGCAAGCCAGGACCCCCAUCCAUUCGAAUGGACCUCCGCCAGCCGCUGAAUUGGUUAAAUAUGACCAAGUUGAAAUUGAUCACAUGUCGGAAGGUGCUCAAAGUUUGGACUACAGCACCACAGCAGACAUGUUCUCCAAAGCCCAAAAUGACACUACCCAAGCCCCCGUGAUCGAAAGUGAAGAAUACGCGUUGAACCACCUUCCACCUGAGGAAACAACCGAGGUGUACGACGAUUUUAGCAAGCACGAACCAUGUCGCCAUGAUGAGUCGGAGCUACCAACUACGAACCCAACCGAGAAAUACAACGAUCUCAACCAGUACAAGCCUGAUAAGUACGACGAGGUAGACUCCACUGAAAUUCCAUCGAAACCAGCCUACGAUGACUUGGAUGAGUAUCGCCCAACUGAAUACAGCGAGGAUCCUGCUAUUGAAGAGCCAGCCCCAAAGUACGAUGACCUGGACCAAUACAAAUACAAGCACCAAGAGGACGUUAAGGUUGAUGAAACUGCUCCAAAGUACGAUGAUCUGGACAAAUACAAGUCAGAUAACUUUGAAAAAUAUGAAGAAGCACCAGAACCCGGACCCAAGUAUGAUGACUUGGAGAAGUACAAUCCGAAAGAGUUUCCAGAUGCUGAAUCCGCAGAAUAUGGAGAGCCAUUUCAACAGUACGGCGACCUGGAAAAGUACAAAGCGUACAGAUAUCAAGAAUUGGGUGGAAAGGGUACACCGGAUCAGGACAUUGUGGGGAAGGGUUUGAAAGAAUAUGAUGCGAAACUAGAGAACAGGGCACAGCUCGAGGAGGCCAUGGAAAAUCGCAUACGAGCUUCUGACGCUGUUGACAAACAGGCUAGUGUGGAUGUUCAGAAGUCUCGCCAGUCGGUACAGGACGAAAAGUCAACCUUGACUGAUAACUUUGUCCUCGAUUUUCCAGAAGAAUUCGCGACAUCGUGGUCGGAAAAUGCUAGCUCAUCCGAAGCAGGCCUUCAGCAGAAACUGGGAACAGAUGCACGGGGCCAUGACGCCUCCCCGCGAGCGUUGUGGACGGCAUACGAACAAGGGAAGCAGACUGGAAAAAACAAGGCUUUCGAGGGUCUGUCAUAUUCAUCGAGUUCAGAAGCGAAAUUCUCGAAGCUCGAAUCUUCAUUGGAUCGAAGCCAUGGAUGUCUAAGUCGCUUGGAAAGGAGAGAGGCUGAAGUUGACCCGUACUCAAAAGCUCCUCAAGGCUUGGAGACGAGCUACUCUGAGGAAUGCGGCACAUUGCCAACUUGGCCAACCUUUGUCAAAAUGUACGGGAGUCUGCAGAACAAGGAUAUGGAAGACUUAGCGGCAGCGUCCGAUACUGCCACUGCAGAUACACCAGCAGGCAAGGAGGAACCAACCAUUUACAAGAUCCUCGCCUACGACCCGACGAUGCAGAACAUUAACAUUGCUGAGACGACUUCUGUGGUACCUGAUCAAGCAUCACCGUUGUCACCAACCGAGGUCCUCCUUCGCUUGUCAAACCCGACCAAAUUCUUUCCCCAUUUCGCUCCUUUGCAAGCUGAAGGGUUCGAGAUCGUCUCCGGCAGCGGCGAUGUUUUGGUGUUCCGCAAGGUUCGAGAUGCAGCAGCGCCAGCAACAGCAAAAGCAAAAGCAUCCCCGGUCAACCCUAUUGACAUGAUGGGAAAACCCACAGCUUUGCCCAACGCCGCUGCCUUCGCCUCGCCUACUGGGUUCGUCAACUACGACAUCCCUCCCGUUGAAGAAGCGCAGACGCCGCCAUUCCGCUCAAUGAUUGAUGUGCAGCGGGAGGAAACAGUCUUUAGUGGGCCCAAGUCAUUUUCGAGCGAGGGACGAAAGAAGAAUAAGAAGAAGAAGAGGGGUCUGGUUAAGAGAGUCUUCAUUGCAGGUGCCUCGGUUGCUGGAAUUUCGUACGCACUUGGUAUUGUCAGCCAAUACUUCGUCACUGGGGGUAUUGACGGCAAGGGGCCUAUGGGCUUCUAA